AUGCUUUCUCCCUUGGAAAACCUUGAGGCUCAGAUGGUUGCUAAAGCUAAGGAUUGGGCAGAACAGCUUCGACCCAACCUGCUUCACAAAUAUGAUGUCCUUCCCCUCAUCAGAUCGACCAUCAUGAAGAAAUUGGAGUAUCCGAUGGCGCUAACAACCCUGGAUGCCCAGCAAUGGACAGACAUUAUGUCUCCGGUACUUCAAGUGUGCCUUCCAAAGGCGGGUGUCUGUCGUAAUUUCCCUCGGGAUGUCGUAUUUGCUCCGCUGUCCUAUCAGGGUCUUGGACUUCCACAUCCGUUUGGUUGUCAAGUGUUUAAGCAUCUUGAGAUGCUGCUCCGACUUAUGGCCAACAGGACCAAAACUGGUGACUAUAUGGAGGCCAAGAUCCAAGCCCAUCAACUUGAAACGGGGACGUCCUUUGGACUUCUGCAACAAGUCUAG